AUGCUGAAGAACAACGGCAGCUACGAGAGAGAUGUUCAGCGAAGAUGCGCUAAGACCACUUCUGCAUUUAACUCCUUUACGAAAUGUCUGUGGUCGACCCCCAUCACCAACGAAGUCAAGCUGCGAGUCUACCUAUCCGCAAUUCGCCCCAUCAUGAUGUACGGAUCGGAGACUUGGACAGCACCAUCAACGGUUAUGGAGAGGAGACCGGCAGAUCGCCUUGUCCAACGAGUUCUGAAGAGUUCGUCGGGUUUGAGCUGGAAGAAGACACCUGGCCGAAAACGGAAGUUCUGGACUGAGGUGGUAAAAGAGGACCUGAGGACACUCGGCGUGGAUAGGCAGUUCAGGCGAGACGUAAGGCUUCGCAGAACAUGGAAUAGCGACGACUGGAUUGAUUCUGUGCAAGCUCUCGCAGAAGAUCGAGAAGGUUGGGCAGAGCUGUGUUCAAGGACGGCACACCUCGGCGAAGAUGAGGUUUUCAAGGGAGAAUGGCUUACCGUAAAAGAUAACUUUCUUUAUUGUGGUAGUAUUGGGAAAGAAAAAACAACCGACAUUGGAGAAUUUCUGGAUGAUAAUCCUAUGUUUGUGAAGAAGAUUUCUGCUGAAGGAAUUGUACAAACCGAGAAUUGGGUCAAAUAUUAUAUUGCUUUACGAUCCGCUAUUGAUAUUCAUUUUCCUGGAUACGUUAUCCAUGAAGCUGUUCAAUGGUCCGAUGUGCAUAAGAAAUGGUUUUUCCUACCGCGUCAUUUGUCAAAGUUGGCUUACAACAAUUACUCCACAGAAGAAACGGGGGCAAAUGUUCUCUUGGCAGCAAGUGAAGAGUUCGAUGAUAUAAGUGCUAUUGCUAUCGGCAGAGAGAUUGUCACGCGAGGAUUCAGCGCUUUUCAAUUUGUGCCACGCACGAACGAUACAAUCAUAGUUGCACUAAAGACUGAAGAGUUGCACGGGAAACCAUUUGCAUCCUUCGUCAUGGUUUUCACUAUCAACGGCGACAUUAUCCUUGAUGAAACUAGGAUUCCUGGAGAUAUCAAAUAUGAAGGAUUAGAGUUUCUGUACGAGCAGAACUUUAAGAGCUUAACUGCAUAG